AUGGCUAGUACCGUCGGAAUGGCGUUGGGCACUGCAUGCACAGUAGCACUGACCUCCCUAACCACCUCUCGCAGGCCCUAUAUGCUUCAAGCAAAUGUUGGCUGGGUCAGCAGCAGCCUCCUUUGUCGCACAAGCCGAUGGGCUCCAGCUUCUGUGUCUAGAGUGACUCGAAUCCCAUCCGUUCAGUGCGGCAGCAGCAAUCCCAACCCCCGCCGCGACGGCGCUAGCAUCUCCACCGCCUCCAGCCGCGCGGAAGACCUUUCCGCGGCAACCGCCAAGCCCAGCCGCUCGCCCAAGGCCCGCAAGGAUGCUGUUAGCGAGUCAGCUGCUGACGAGGACAACGGCAGCGCUGUUGAGAAAGCCGACCCCAUUCGCCGACGCACCCGCAGCAGCAGUGCAGCUAAGGACAAGAAGAGCAAAAAGGUUAAAGGUGACGGAGACGCGGAGGAGCAGACGGGGGUGUCCGGAGGGGAGAGGAGACGGAAGAGCAAGGCGGCGAUGACCGAGAAUGAGAUUCGGCUGGCGCAACUGCGGCAGGAGCUGCAGGCGGCGCUGGAGGAGCGCCAACGCCUCGCCGCGUUGCUGCAGGGGAAGGCGGAACCUGAGGAGACGGCAGCUGCGCAGACCGUGCGCACGCCUGUGGACGCGGGGGAGGCGGCGGCAGCAGCAGCGGUGCGGAAGGCUUCCGCGGAAAGGGCGCGGGAAGAGUCCUUGGCGCUGAAAAAGGAGCGAGAGGCGUUGAGGGCGGUGCAGGCGGCGCAGAAGGCGGAAGAGGAAGCUGCGCAGGCACGCGAGCGGGAAGAGGCCGCGGCGGGGGUGCGCGAAGUCGCAGCGGCGCGCGCGCGUGCUGAGGCGGAGGCGAAGGCGGCGGAAGAAGCAGCGGCGUUGGCGAGCCGUGAAGCGGCCGCACGGGCAAGGGAGGAAGCAGAGGCGCGCGCGAAGGCGGAAGCGUUGGCGCGGGAGCGAGCGGAGGCGGAGGCGAAGGCGCGGGAGGAAGCAGCGAGAAUGGUGGAGCUGCCGCGGCAGGAGCAGUUGCGGAAGCUGCAGCAGGAGCACGAGUUCAUCGCCGCAAAAAUGUUCUUCUACCCCGGGCAGGUGCAGGCCGGCAAGCCCGUCGAAAUCUUCUUCCACCGCCCGGCCAGCGUGCUCAAGGACAAAUCCGGCGUGAACGUGGUGGGCGCGUUCAACAACUGGCAGUGGCAGCCGUUCAAGGCGGAGCUCAAGCCGUCCAGCGAGGUGCCCAACGACUGGUGGGUGUGCCAGAUCCACAUUCCGGAAGAGGCGUACCAGGUGGACUUUGUUUUCCACAGCACGGACAACGUGUAUGAGAACAACGGCGGGCAGGACUUCUAUAUCGCCGUCACCGGCGGCAUGGCGGAGGCGGAGUUCGAGACGAUGCUUAAUGAGCGCAAGCGGGAGGAGGCGGAGCGGGAGGCCGCGGAGGAGGCGGAGCGGGAGCGGCGCGCGGAGGAGGAGCGCAGGGCGGCGAAGCUGAAGGCGCAGCAGGAGGCGGAGCGGAAGCAGGCGCGCGACAUGGCGAACGACGCGCGGAACCGGUUGGGGGAGAUGCGGCGCACGUGUGGCACGAGCCUCGAGGGCGUGUGGCGCCUGGAGGAGGUGGCGCGCGCGGAGGGGGGCGAGCGCGUGGUGCGGCUGCUGUAUAACAGGGCGGGGCGGCCGCUGGCGGGCAGUGGCGCGGUGUGGGUGCACGGGGGGGUGAACGGGUGGCAGGACGGGCUGUCCGCCACGGGCGAGCUCAAACCAGAUAACCAGGAUAACGGCGACUGGUGGUCCGUGCAGCUGACUCUGCCCGCGGAUGCGGUGGUGCUGAACUGGGUGAUGGCGGACGGGCCAGUGGGCAAGGCGGGGGCGUACGACAACAACGGGCGCAAGGACUUCGCGGCCAGCGUGGGCAGCGACGACGAGGCGAGGGCGCUGUUCGACGAGCUGGAGGAGCGCCUGCUGGCCAAGCUGGAGAGGGAACGCAUUGAACGUGAAGAGCGCGAGGCCAAGGAGGCGGCGCGGCGGCAGGAGAUGAAGCUGGCGAUGAAGCGGCGCACCAAGGAAGCCUUCCUGCAGUCGCAGGCGCACGUGUUCUACACCGAGCCCGCUGACCCGCGUGCGGGGGAGACGGUGCGCGUGUUCUACAACCCGCAGAACACCGUGCUGCACGGGAGGCAGAACGUGUGGAUGCGCGGGUCCUUCAACCGCUGGACGCACCGCACGGGCUGCUUCCUGCCCGUGCACAUGCAGCCCUCUGCUAAUGGCACGCACCUUGUUGGCGAGGUGACGGUACCACACGACGCGUUCAUAAUGGACCUGGUGUUCAUGGACAGCAGCGACCCCAACGUGGCGACGUAUGACAACAGGGGCGGGCUGGACUACCACGUGCCCAUCACCGGCAGCACCUCCAAGGAACCCCCGCUCUACAUCGUGCACGUUGCGCUCGAGAUGGCGCCUAUUGCUAAGGUGGGGGGUCUGGGUGACGUGGUGACAUCGCUGUCGCGAGCCAUCCUGGAGCUGGGGCACAAGGCGGAGGUCAUUCUGCCCAAAUACGAUGUCCUCAAAUACGACUGCAUCCAGGAGCUGCAGGACCGCGGGUCGUUUGCAUGGGGUGGCACCAACUGGCGCAUGUGGUUUGGCUACGUGGAGGGCAUCGGCGUGCACUUCCUUGAACCCGAGAGCGGCAUAUUCUGGGUGAACUGCAUCUAUGGGCGCAAGGACGAUGGGCACCGCUUUGGCAUCUUCUGCAACGCCGCACUCGAGAUGCUCGUGCAGACCGGCCGCCAGCCGGACAUCCUGCACUGCCACGACUGGUCGUCAGCACCAGUGGCAUGGCUGCAUGCGGAGAGCUACAAGCAGUACGGGCUGGGCAAUGCGCGCACGGUGUUCACCAUCCACAACCUUGAGUUCGGCCAGGCUCUCAUUGGCCGCGCCAUGGCUGCUUGCAACAUGGCCACCACCGUGUCACCGACGUACGCGUGGGAGAUAGGGGGUCACGGGGCGGUGGCAGCGCACAGGGGCAAGUUCCACGGCAUCCUCAACGGCAUCGACCCCGACAUCUGGGACCCCAUGACCGACCGCUUCCUGCCUAUGCGGUACUCAUCGGAGGAGGUGGUGGAGGGCAAGCGAGCAGCCAAGGACGAGCUGCGGCGGCGGCUGAACCUGCGGUUUGACGACCGCCCCGUGGUGGGCAUCGUGACCCGGCUCACGGCACAGAAGGGCAUCCACCUCAUCAAACACGCCAUCUGGCGCACGCUGGACCGCGGCGGGCAGGUGGUGCUGCUGGGGUCAGCGCCUGACCCGCGGGUGCACGGGGAGUUUGAGCACCUGGCGGGGCAGCUGAACAACUCGCACAACAACAUGCAGCGCCUCUGCCUCAACUACGACGAGCCCCUCAGCCACCUCAUCUAUGCGGGGUGCGACAUGAUUCUGGUGCCCUCCAUGUUUGAGCCCUGUGGCCUCACGCAGCUCAUUGCCAUGCGCUACGGGGCCGUGCCCGUCGUGCGCAAGACAGGAGGGUUGAACGACACGGUGUUUGACGUGGACAACGACCAUGACAGGGCCAGGGCGCAGGGCAAGGACGUCAAUGGCUUCUCCUUUGAGGGCGCCGAUGCCGCCGGCCUCGACUAUGCCCUCGACAGAGCCAUUUCUGGGUGGUAUGACGGGCGUGAGUGGUGGAAUGGGUUGGCCAAGAGGCCUUGUGGUGUCCCAACAACCACUCGUCCAUUCACAUCGGAUUCGCUCUUGUCUAUCGAUAUCCUCCGCGUACCGCUUCGCUUGCUUGCCCCCUCUUUCCGGACAUCUCCGCAUCCUACGCUCGCAUCCCGCCUGUCCAAAACAUCUGCCGCCAUGCCGCCAUGGGAAACGUACCUUGCGCGGCCUCCGCUGCAGGCGGAUAUGCCUUAUCCUCGUGACACGUGGCAGAGCGCCGCACCGUGCGACAGUGUCGCACACGAGGCGGGGUCGUGGCAUGCCGCUCAGCCCCUCCCGCAGCUCCCCUCCCACCUCUCCUCCGCGUUUUCCGCGCUCGCCUCUGCGCAUCCCGCUCAUCUGCCGGACCGCGCAUUCUCCCCUUCUCUCCCGCACCACGCGCAAGGCCAAGCCCAUCCCGGGCCGUCGGUGCUUCCGCCGAGCUUGCCCUCCGCGCCCUUCUCGUCGUCCGCCUUCGCCUUCCCCUCGCUCGCCCUCGAGACCUCUUUCUCCGCGCUCUCCCUCUCUCUCCGCUCGCAGUCCCCACCUGACCCUCCCGCGCGGCCUUCACUCCCCCACGCCGCCUCCGCGGGGUCUCUCCGAGCCCUGGCUUCCGGCGCGGUUCCCGCUCCCCAUUUUGCGCCAUCUGCGCAGUGUUCGGUGGACGGCGACAGCAGCAGCAGCGGUCGUCGCAGUGCGAGCUUGAUCCCCUAUCCGGGGGAAAAGUCGACACACGCUACGUCGUCGGGUUCCAGUCCGUCGUCGCCCGCGUCGUUCGUGUCGUCCGUUUCGUCGUCAGUCGCCGGCCAUGCGACGGCGGAUUUGUCGCACGAUUCACUUCCCGCCGACAACCCUUGGUAUGUGUCGUCGCCUGCGACGGCGGCCCCUGCGGAUGGCGCAAAGGAUGAGCCUGGCGCAGCGGCAGCUGGAGGCGGAAAGGCAGGUUCGGGGGAAGCAGCAAGCGGAGAGGCGAUUCCUGAUGCGCUUCCCCGCGCAGUUGGCGGCACGGUGGAAGAGGCGGCUCCGGCGGGCGUGGCGCAUGUGGCACAAGCGACACAAGAGAUUCAUGCGACACAUACGGAGGAGGUGGAGCGACUUCAGCAGGCCUUGCGGCGGGCGGAAGCCGCUGCAGCGGAAGCGCAGCAGGCGGCUGCGAUGGCGCAACUAGAAAUGGCGCAGAUGCAGCGCGCGUGCGGGGAGCAUGCGCGGCAGGUGGUGCGCCUGCGACGCGAGUUGGACUCCGCGGGAGACGCGCACCUGCAGCUAGCCGCGGAGCUGGUGCAUCUGGAGGACUUCGCCAUCGCCGCCCUGCAGCACGACCUCAAGGCGGAGGCGCGCCGCGGGCUGCCGGCGGCGGAAGCGGCGCUGCUAGACGCGCCGGACGAGUACGGCGGGUGCCGGCAGUUCUACCAGACGGGGUGCUGCCACUUCGGCCGCGGGCGCCGCCCCUGCCCCAACGAGGCCAGCCACUUCUGCCUGCGCUGCGGCCGCGCUCACGGCACGGCGCCGCACCUCGUGCUGCUGAGACGCCUCAACGACCGCUGCCUGCUGCCGCAGUGA